AUGCUUCAAGUGCCCAAAACCCCAUUCACAGCCCCCAGAUCCAUGACCAGGCUAAGCGAGUGGUGUAACCAUGAAGACGGAUGGAGAUCUCGAGAUUUGCAGUUGGCCAAAACUGUGCGGGCGGAGAUUGGCGAUGACGCUCACUCCUCUUCCCCAACACGGCGAAACACCACACAUCACAACGAAACACGUGAGGAAACCGGUAUGCGGACGCUGAUAGAGUGCUGA